CAAGUGAGCAUACUUGUACGUUGUACUAAAGGCGUUGUACUUGCUAUGAAAUUCAGGUGAAUAUAUCCUAAUUUACCUUCAAAGCCCUUUCAUUCACCUCCUCUACUGCAACCGGCGCCGUCCGCCGUGAAAAUGGCUCACCUCCCGGCGUACGAUCCUUACUGCGUAACUCAACCAGUAUAUGCGUACAAUGAGCAGAAUGAUAUAAAAACGCUGUUUGUCUCGGGACUUCCUGACGAUGUUAAAGCUCGUGAGAUUCACAAUCUCUUCCGCCGCCGUCCUGGGUUUGAAUCGUGUCAGCUCAAGUACACCGGCCGAGGAAAUCAGGUUGUGGCCUUUGCCACUUUUAUUGAUCAUCCAUCAGCAAUGGCAGCCAUGCAUGCGCUGAAUGGUGUAAAAUUUGAUCCUCAAACUGGAUCCACUUUGCAUAUUGAACCGGCAAGAUCAAACUCUAGAAGAAUACAAAUUCCAGGAAGAGGACCUUAUGUAGUUAUUGACAACAGAAACAAGUUCAAUGAAGAUGCCGAAGACACAUCAAGCAAUGAAGGUGAUAUUGAUUCUGAUGAUGCUUCCGAGCCUGAGAAUCCUGAUUCUGGGACAAAGGAUGAUUCUUCAGAAGAGAAAUGUGAGGAGAAAGUAGUGGAGCCUGACCAUGAUUUGGCCCUGAAAAGUGAACAAAACGAGAAGACAACAGAUGGAGCACAACCAUGUUCCACUCUGUUUAUUGCCAAUCUUGGUCCAAAUUGCACUGAGGAUGAACUGAAGCAAGUCGUUUCUCAGUAUCCUGGAUUUAACACCCUCAAGGUGCGUGCAAGAGGUGGGAUGCCUGUUGCUUUUGCUGAUUUUGAGGGUGUUGAGCGAGCAACUAAAGCGUUGAAUGAACUUCAAGGAAGCACACUACCAUCUUCAGAUCGGGGUGGCAUGCACAUAGAGUAUGCGAGAUCCAAAAUGAGGAAGCCGUAGAUACCUUUUUAUGGUAAAACAAGAAGUCUUUCAAUGGUUACCAACUUACUGGCUACUCUUGUAGUGCUGAACAGAAGAUAUUUGCGGUGCUUAGUUUCGGCGAUGUAUUUGUGUUAUAACAGAGUUUAGAGCGUAUGAAGGUAUUUAUGGACAAAUUGGAUGUCAUUCUUAAGACGCAUGCGUGCAAGUACAGUCAAACUUACUAUUGUACAACUGACUUCACAUGGACUGCAACAAACUAAUGUCAUUGCUCAUCGACUCUUCAGAAGUUUUGUAACAAACUGUUAACUUCCUAAGCAUCGUUGCAGCUGCAUUGUUAUUUCAAAAUGUACAGUUUGAAGCUCA